GGGUGACUAAAAGGCAAGACGGCCCAGAUGGUGAGGCAGAUGAUAUCCCAUCGGUAGCGAGAAGGCAGGACGGCCCAGAUGGAGAAGCAGAUGAUAUUCCAUCCGUUGCCAAGAGGCAAGAUGGGGAGGCGGACGGUAUCCCUGACCCUACAAAGAGGGACGAUGAAGAUGACAUUCCCGGUCCUACAAGGAAAAGGCAAGAUGGAGAGGCGGAUGGCAUUCCUGAUCCCACCAGAAAGAGGGACAACGGUAAGACAGUUAACCGGUCUUUAGCUAUUAGCCUACUAAACUUAUCCAUUAGGCCUCUGGAAGAACUGAUUCUGAACACUCUUGUCACCCGCCACAAUACCUCACAAGUCAAAAGCAUCCCUCUGCUCAACUCAUCCCUUCCCGUGUUGAUACAAGUAUCAAGCUGUCUAAUUGGACUUGAGACAGGGAUGCCUGCGCCGACCACUCCAUGGACCUCUAACAAAUCUGGGAAGGGCCACCUCCUGUCUGACCGCAUCCCUAAUCAACAACGAAUCCCAAGUCCCAAUCCAGGAGGUAAAGGAAAGGGACCAAGUGCACAGUCCUCCAAACCCCAAUCACCCGAAGUCACCCGUCUACAACAACUCAUCUCCAAGAUCCAGAAGUCCUUAACGGACAAGCAAAAAGGCAAAGGGCCAGUCGAGGGCUGCUUUUGUCUCGCUCGCAAUCACAAAUUGUCUCCACAUGUGUCUAUGUGCCGAUCAUGCGGACUUAUUUUGUGCGAGUUAAAUCAGCCUUAUGACCCUUGCCCAUUUGGAGCGUGCAACCAGCCCUUGUUGAACACUCAGUCCGGUACGGCACUCAUUGAUUCAUUAAACGAGCAAGUAGCAAAAACAAUCAUUGAGGAAGAAGGGGCGAAGCGUAGACAUGAGGACGAAGAACGAAGAGCAGCAGGAGCGUUCCCUCAACUGGCCCCGAGCUCAGCUGCCUCACAUUCCAAACAGCCCAACAAGCCUGUGCAGCCUUCUGGUCCGCAUAAAGUGCUCUCACUGACCCAGAAGGGAGCGAUACUGACCGUUCGCAAAUCGACCCCUUCUCCAUCCAACAAACCAAAGGAGAUCAAGGACAUCCCUCCUCCAAUAGUUCGCGUGCCAGCUCCAAAAGAUGGACCAGACUAUGCACCGCCUAAAAGUAAUGCCGGUUCAUGGGAGAAUUUGAGGACAGAGCGCAUCAUUUAUAUACCUCCACCAAAGCCAGCAUCUACUCAACCACAAGGAGGCAAGAACACGAAAAAAUCUCGUCAGAAAAACACCCAGCCAGCACA